AUGGCCGAAAGUGACGGUCAGAUAGACGAAACGAAAAUCAGCCACGUCAGCACGCUAGUCACUGAGCUGCAGUGGACUUGGAAAAAAUGGAAGCAUUUUACCAAUGUCGCCAAAGAGGUACACGCGAAGAUGACGGUCUCACGCCCGUCGACAUGGGGCAAUAUUGAGAAGGAGUGGACCGCCGUUCCCCCAUCCCAUGUGGAAGAGGCAAUCAAUUCCCUCAGAGAACGCACGAGUGAUUUAUUUGACAAGGAUCUUCCCGCCAGCAAGGUCGACUUUGCACUAGACGACAGAAUGCGUCGGACACGGCGAUCGUGGCGCAACCACCAGCGCGAGACCAAAAAGUGGUCACAGGCUAGCCUAGGAGGGGGAGCUGCGAUGCAAGUCGACCAACUGGAAGGGACGCCGCCAGGACCCCAGACGAGCCAAGCUGUACUACCUAGACCAGUCCGAACGAUGGACAUUGCGUACUUGCUGCGGCCAGAUGAAGAGUAG